AUGGCGUCUGUGGGCAUGCAGAUACUGGGUUGCAUCCUGGCCCUGUUCGGCUGGAUUGGAGUGAUAAUUGUGUGCGCCCUACCCAUGUGGAGAGUAACAGCCUUUAUUGGCACCAACAUUGUGACCUCUCAGAUCUUCUGGGAGGGGAUCUGGAUGAGCUGUGUGGUGGAGAGCACAGGACAGAUGCAGUGUAAGGUCUACGACUCCAUGCUGGCGCUGAGCCCCGAUCUGAAGGCUGCUCGCGUCCUGAUGGUGUUUUCUAUCGUGGUGGGCAUCGCUGGGAUUCUCGUGGCGCUCGUCUCAGGGAAAUGCACCGACAUUAUAGUAAACGACUUCUACAAUCCCCUGUUACUGGAUGCUCAGCGCAGGGAGCUGGGGGCUUCGCUGUACCUCGGCUGGGCCGCAGGGCUCCUCCUGGUGCUGGGAGGGGGGCUGCUUUGCAGUUCUUGUCCACCAAAAGAGAACUGCUCAACAUCUGUCAUAUACAAUCCUGUAAAGAUGUCAAAGCCAUCCAGUGGGGUCGACACUGUUCUCAGCCACACAGCACCAGUAUCACGCUCUACAACUCCUCCCAAGACCUACAUCUAG